CUGGAGGAGAAGCUGGGCGCUGCUGCUGGGGGCAGGGAAAAAGCUCGGAAACCCUGAGAAACCAGUUCCCGGGCCAAUAUGAGCAGCCGCCCGACCGAGAAGCCAUGCGUGUUGGGUUUCGACCAGUUUGGCUUCGCGGUGUUUCGGAGGCAUUGCGACAAGUGGAAGCAGGAACAUCGCAGCCACGAAUACAGUUACCCAAGUGUCAGUGCUUCCAAGCUGGAAUCGUGGCAGAAAAUGCUUAACAAUUGGAAUGAGGCUGGUGCAUCAUGCAUGGAUAAGAUGCAUAUCUUCCUUGAAGAUGGUGUUCCCAUCAAAGUACGUGGUCGUCUGUGGAAAUGCCUUUUGGGUAGUGACCUAGUUAAAGAGAGUACUACCCACACCUACCAGGAGUAUGUGCAGGAACUGCGCAGUCAGCUGGCAAGCCUUGGCGUGACUGAGUAUGGGGUGCAGGUGGCCAUCUCUACGCUGGACAAUGCAGACAGAGAGAGGGCAGAAACGGACAGCACAGCUCCCAACCUGAUGCCUAAUCGCAACCCCGAGAUCACCAUUGAAACAUUAAGACAGAUUGUCCUAGAUGUUGAGAGAUCAUUUCCCACUCACUGUUCCCUGAUGGGUAAAAAUCCAGAAGCAAAAGAAGGCCAGGCGAAACUUUUUAGGAUCCUCUCUGCAUAUGCCAAGUAUAAUCCCCAGAUAGGCUACUGCCAAGUGCUUGCACUCUUUAAGAAGUACUCCACUGGCCGUCGAGUGCUUUAG